GUACUACGCAAGUCGCAAAGCGAUGAAAGAUUGCGUUCGCUGUGUUCAGGCCGUCCUAACCUAUCAAAACAGUCCGAGAUUUUUUCCUGUGUUGUUUGAUAUCGAAUUGAUACUGAUCAUUACGCGGUGUCGUAUAAUAUUCAACGUUUUUUCAAUAUCUUUUUUAUCGCGAUCGCGAAUAAAUUGGGCUGACAUGUGCAAACUUCACUGAAGAUCCUCGGCAGAAGCGUUGAAAUUCUCUGACUCGAAGAUAACUGUAGUUUACAAAUAAGAAUCACAAUGACACCGCCGAUGGAAAGGAUCCAGAUUUUGGAGUCUAUCGAGAAAGAUAUUAUACAGUGUUUACAAAGCGCAGGACAAGCUUGCACAGAAUUGAGCAAGGAGAAGUCGAGCUUGAAACAGGCGGAGUCGCAGACGCAUCUAUUCUUAAAAACUCUAGCACAAUUGGAAUCUAAAUUAAGCGAGCAGAUUAAUUAUCUCACACAGGUUUCUACUGGUCAGCCGCACGAAGGUUCUGGAUAUGCAAGUCAAAAGGUACUGCAAAUGGCGUGGCACAGAUUGGAGCACGCACGAAGUAGAGUUAACGAAUUGGAACGUAUAAAGAACAAGCUACGAUAAGUUUCCUACAUAAUUUUUCUCAAUCUGAAAUAUAUAUUGUACCGUAAAGGCGAGUAACGUUACAUUAAUGUUGCUCAUAACUCAGCUAAGAAAUUAUAAUAAAUUUACAUACUUUUUUGUCAGUAA